AAACUUGUCAGAAAAAAAUAACUGCCUUCUUUUGACCUUUAUGGCUUGAUUCUUUUAUUCUUCAUCAUUUUUUAGCUUUUCCAAGACUUUCCCAUCUCCAAAGUUUCAAUCUCUCUCUCUCUCAAUUACGUUUUCCACUUCCGCUAAGUUCUUAGUUUAGUGGAAUUUCUUAGUUAGUUAAUUUUCCCGGGAAAACAAAAGCAAAAGAAAAUGGCACCACCAAAGUUUCCUUUGAGAUGGGAAAGCAUUGGAGACCAAUGGUGGUAUGCCUCACCAAUAGACUGGGCAGCAGCCAAUGGCCUCUAUGAUCUGGUCAGAGAGCUUCUCCAUUUAGACACCAACCUCCUCAUCAAGCUCACCUCUCUCCGCCGAAUCCGGCGGCUGGAGACUGUCUGGGACGACGAGGCGCAAUUCGACGAUGUCGCCAGAUGUCGCUCCCAAGUUGCCAAGAAACUCCUCCUUGCGUGUGAAACAAGGACUGGUCACAACUCCCUCAUAAGAGCAGGCUAUGGAGGAUGGCUUCUCUACACCGCAGCCUCAGCUGGGGAUGUGGAGUUCGUCAAGGAACUGCUUGAGAGAGACCCUCUUCUUGUUUAUGGAGAAGGAGAGUAUGGUGUCACCGAUUUGUUCUACGCCGCUGCGAGGAGCAAGAAUUCGGAAGUUUUCAGGCUCUUGCUUGAUUCCUCCUUGACCCCUAAAUGUGGCCUUAAAAGUGGAGGGUGCUUGGAGGAGGAAGCGCAGGAGCUGGGUUGUGAAGGCAAAGAGUUUAGGUGGGAAAUGAUGAACCGGGCAGUUCAUGCCGCGGCUAGGGGCGGGAAUUUGAAGAUGUUGACAGAUCUUCUUGGAGAAGAUGGUGAUAGUGAAUCUCAUGUUCUGACUUUCAGGGAUGCUCAGGGGUGUACUGUCUUGCACACUGCCUCUGGAAGAGGUCAGAUUGAGGUUGUUAAGGAUCUUACAGCAAACUUUAACAUGAUCACUUGUACGGAUAAUCAAGGGAACACAGCACUACAUGUGGCCGCUUACAGAGGCUACUUAGCUGUUGUAGAGGUCCUAAUUCUCGUGUCUCCCUCGCUUACCACUUUGCCAAACAAUUAUGGAGACACCUUUCUACACAUGGCAGUGGCUGGUUUCCGAGCACCUGGUUUUCGAAGACUGGACAGGCAGAUUGAGCUCAUGAAGAAGCUACUCUGUGACAAUAUUGUGAACAUCAAGGACAUCAUCAAUGUGAGGAACAACGAUGGAAGAACCGCUCUUCACAUGGCUGUAUCUGAGAACAUCCACAUCAACUUGGUAGAGCUCCUCAUGACUGUUCCAUCGAUCAAUCUAAAUAUCCGCGACGCCUAUGGAAUGACUCCUCUUGAUCACCUCAAGCAGCGGCCGCAAUCAACCUCUUCGGAGAUUUUGAUCAAGCAAUUGAUUUCGGCUGGUGGGAUCUCCAACUGUCAAGACCUCAGGACAAGAAGUGCCCUUGUUUCCCACCUAAAGACGCAUGGCAUUGGAACUAGUCCCGGGACUUCUUUCAGAAUCCCGGACGCAGAGAUUUUCUUGUACACAGGCAUUGAGAGUGCCAAUUCUGAUGCUAGUUGUGACCACGCUCAAUUCAGUGAAUUCUCUGGUGAUCUGAGCCAGUUUGGGUCUAACAACUCAUUGAUGAACAACAGUAAGAAGUCAAAUUCCGCAAACAAUGCUGCCAAGCGCCUCAAGUUUUUCCUCAGAUGGCCUAGAAAGAAAGACAAGAAGAAGCCUAAUAGAGAAGACCUCAGAGACAACGAUUCUCUCGAUUCGUUAAGCAGAGACUUUGAGGACAAUCCCAUCCCUCUUAGGCAGAUAUAUUCGAAAUCUUCGUCUCUUCCCAACAACAGAAGGAUAUAUUCUGAUGGGAGUUUUCCAAGCCCGUCUACUAAAAUGAGAUUUUCUGCUGGAUUAAUGCACGGAGUGAUCAAGACAAUGCCUCAUUUAACUACUGCUUCGGCUGAUCACUAUUCUGCUUCGAGUACUAAUUCGGGGUCGUCCAUGUCUUCACCUGAGUUCAUGGACAAACAAAAGAACCUAAACAUCAGGGGACCUUCUUGCUCAAACCAGAAAGAAUCUGAUAUGAAUGAGUACUUCUGUUUCGGCGCACAAGGCCUAGUGCCCGUGGAGGAUUCGAUGAGCUGCACGGGACAGCAACAUCAGAGUUAUAGACAUUACAGUUCUCUAGUUGCUUGAUCUUUGUGUACAUACAAACGAGUUGGUCUUGAGUUGAAGGUUAUUGAGCUCUUGAUGUUUGUUUGUUUUUUUUUUUUUUUUUCAUUCUUAUACAUGGUCUUUCAGUUAAAUUUUUUCCCCUUUUAUAAACCACGUCUGGUGAAUUUUUCUUGUAGAAUAUGUAUAUCACGUGAUAUGAUCACUGAAAAAAAUAUAUUCAUGGAUAUGUUAUGGAAUAUGA